CCAUCGACAGAAAAUUUAUGUACUUUUUUUGAAUUAUAAAGGUAUUAUGCAGUAUUAUGCAGUAUUAUGCGAUAUUACGUUGGUUAUGGAUUAUUGACAGAAAAAAUAUGUAUUUGUUAUGUAGCGACAGAGAGUAUUAUGAAGGUAUUAUGCAGUAUUAUGCGAUAUUACGUUGGUAUGACCAUCGACAGAAAAAAUAUGUAUUUGUUAUAUAGAGAGGAUGUCGGAUAAUGCGGUUUCAUUUGUCGGGUCCAUUUGGUUGGAGAAGUAUGACUGAACGUCUGUCGGCUUUUUAUGUCGAUAAAGUAUGAAGGUUGUUAGUUAUGUUGUACGUCGUGUGUCGGGACCACUUAGCCCGGUGCUAAAUGAAGUCGUUGCCGGGAAUUGCCGUAUAUAAACAUUUCGUGUUCAUUUCCAAGAUGGCGACAUCUUUACUUCUAUUUCUUAUUAUUUUCUCUGCAACAUUCGCCCAUUGUGAAGUUAAAGUAGUUAGAGGAGUUGACAUAAAACAUAUUUUACUGAACAGAGAAGAAGUUGGCAAACUUGAUGUGCUUUUGUGUGCUUCACAAUUCACAGAUCAAUCAUUUUACGAUCCAUCCAAAGAUUUUACUUGUUUUGAUGGUUCUAAAACAAUUCCGUUCUCUAGUGUAAAUGAUGAUUAUUGUGACUGUCAUGAUGGAACAGACGAACCAGGUACAUCUGCUUGUCCAGAAGGAAAGUUUUUCUGUGCGAAUAUUGGAUUCCAACCAUUAUAUCUUCAAUCAUCCAGAGUGAAUGAUGGUAUUUGUGAUUGCUGUGAUGGAAGCGAUGAGUAUGACAGUUCUGUCGCUUGUUUUAAUGAAUGCCAAAAACAUGGAGCUGAAGCUCGUGAGAAGCAAAAAGAAGCUUUAGCAGAAGCAAAUGCUGGCUUUGAAAUAAAACUGGAUUACAUAAAAACAGGAAAAGAGAAAAUGGUGGAGAAACAGACCAAAUUAGAUACAAUCAAUGGAUUGUUGGAAGAAAGAAGAGAAAAACUUGAAGAACUUCGAACUGUAAAAGAAGCUGCAGAAGCUCCCGAAAAAGAAGCAAAGGAUAAACAUCAAAAGGAGUGGGACGAGGUACAAGCAAAGCUGAAAGAAGAAAGAGAGACUGUGGAAAGAAACGAGGCGUUUACAUUGUUGGAUACUGACAAAGAUGGAUGGGUUACUAUUGGCGAGUUAAUGUCACAUCAUCAUCUUGAAGCUGACAUGUCAGAAAAUGAGGCCAAGGAUUUUUUGGGAGGUGAGGCCAUGGUCGAUACUGAAGGCUUUAAUAAGGCUUGGACCAACAUUAAACCAAAGUUUUUGAAGGAUGGUCGAAAGGAACCUACUGAAUCAGAAGAAUCAACAGCCAAAACAUCAGAUGAACAAACUAGCACUGAUGAAGUAGAUACAACAACAGAGGAGGGUGAUGAGCCUGUAAAUGACGGUGUGGAGAAACCUGUAGAUGAACCAGCGAAAGAAGAUGAAAUGCCUGAUUAUGAUGAUGCAACAAAACAGCUCAUUGAAGCCGCUGAUGCUGCACGACGAUCAUUUGAUGAAAUUGAUAAAGAAGUUAGAGACUUGGAAUCGCAAAAGAGAGAGAAUGAGGAAUAUGUAAAAUUAGAUUUUGGUAAAGAUCACGAGUUCAGUGCUUUGAAAGGAGAAUGUUUUGAAUACACUGAUCGAGAGUACACAUACAAGUUGUGUCCGUUUGAUAAAGUCUCACAACGUAAUAAAGAUGGCGGAAGUGAGACUGAUUUAGGUCGCUGGGGGCAAUGGUCUGGACAUGACAAUGCAAAAUAUAGUCGAAUGAAAUAUGAAGGUGGACAAGGAUGUUGGAACGGUCCUGCUCGGUCUACAGUAGUAAAUUUAUCUUGCGGUAAAGACAACGCAGUAUUAACUGUAUCUGAGCCAAGUCGUUGCGAGUACGAAAUGGAUUUUAAAACUCCGGCAUUUUGUGAGAAAGUGGAACACGUGCAUACUGAAUUAUAGAUGUUUUGAUACUGGAUAGAAACUUUUUUUAUUUAGCUAGGUUAUUUUAAUUUCUGAUUAUUCUCAUUUGUCUUUUGUUUUGUUCGGUUAUUUAUAUGGAAGUUAUGAUCUUGAAGUUGACAAGAUGUUGACAAGAGCAGUUCUGACGUGAAACUGGAAAAUAUUCUUCUUUAUUUAGCUAUCUCUGUUUAUCUUUUCUCGCUAAUGAUGUAUGUCUUGAUGUAAUUUUAAUUCAUCUUUUUUUCCAUGUUUAAUUGAAACACAUUUUGUAGAAUUGACAGUUUUUGAAAUAAAUUCACCACUUCCA